GUGUCACAUCGACAUCAUGGCGUAGCGAUGCGGAGGAGUUGGGGGUUGCGCUGGUGGGCACGGAGAAGUUUAGAAACUGUGGUUUUUUAAAACUUUAUCAAUUAAGGAUACAAGUCCACGGAUAAGCUCAUUCCUUCGGACGCAGGGGUGGUUCGUCAGCGACUGAAGAUGAUGUCUGAUGCCAGCGACAUGCUGGCUGCUGCCUUAGAGCAGAUGGACGGCAUAAUAGCAGGCUCCAAGGCCUUGGACUACUCCAACGGUCUGUUUGACUGUCAGUCACCUACCUCUCCGUUUAUGGGCAACCUGCGGGCGCUUCACCUGCUGGAGGACCUGCGGGGCGUGCUGGAGUUGAUGGAGACGGAGGAAAGGGAGAGCCUCCGCUGCCAGAUCCCCGACUCCACAGCUGACAGCCUGGUGGAGUGGCUCCACGGUAACCUGUCCAAUGGGCACAUCUCUCUGGGUGGAGGUGACCACUACCAAGAAAGACUGUCAAGAUUAGAAGGUGACAAGGAGUCUCUGGUGCUUCAGGUGAGUGUGCUGACGGACCAGGUGGAGGCGCAGGGAGAGAAGAUUCGAGAUUUGGACAUAUGUCUGGAUGAGCACAGAGAGAAACUCAACGCCACAGAGGAGAUGUUGCAGCAGGAGCUUCUGUGCAGAACUGCACUGGAGACCCAGAAGCUGGAGCUGAUGUCUGAAGUGUCCAACCUCAAGCUGAAACUCAACUCUAUGGAGAAGGAGAGACUGAACUUUGACAGAUUUAGGGACAGCGAGGAUCUGAUUCUUGAAAUGAAUGAACUUCGGUACAGACUGACGGAGCAGGAGAGCGAAAAACUACAGUACGAAAAGAAACUUAGGUCCACAAAGCCCCUUAUGGCUAAGCUUUCUAGCAUGAAAAUCAAAAUGGGCCAGAUGCAGUAUGAGAAACAGAGGAAAGAGCACAAACUCCAACGUAUGAAGGAGGAGCUAGCUUCUCUGAGGAGGCAGCUGGAGGGCAAAGACGGGGAAAGGAGGAGGCUACAGGAGGAGACGGGCUUCAAAGCUAUCGCCACAAGCAGCCCAGAUGGCCUAGAAAGAGUGUCUCAUCCAGAUGAAACGCUUAGAAAGAGGCUGAAAGAAAAGCAUGUGGAAGUGCAAAGGAUGAAAAACGCAGUCGAAUCGUUAAUGGCAGCAAACGAAGAAAAGGAUCGCAAGAUUGAGGAGCUCAAACUGUCGCUUUUGCGGUACAAGAAAGUUCAAGACAUGGUGAUGUCGGUACAAGGGAAGAAAGAGAAAACAAAAGACGGCGAGCGUGUUGAGAGUCCCGCUGAUGGAUCCAGUCCGCUCUUGUCUGGCAGCUCCGGGUCUGUGGAAUCUGAAAAACAGGACUUGUCAGAUGUUGAACAGCUGCAGACAAGGAAGCCAGAUGAGCCAGAAAGACUGAGUGGACUGAGUGAAGACACGUCUCCCUCUCCCAGCCCAGCUGAUCCAGCACCGGAGCACGCGCCAACAGAUGGACAAAGUAAUCAAGAGCCGACCAAAUCGGACGGCCUGAUCCAAGCAGAGGAAGACCGUAAUGAGACGCGUACAAGUGAGGAGAGCGGUAAGCUGAGCGAAAAGCCCCCCGUGAACCCCUCUGCCACCUUGCCCGCCUCCGUCGAAGACAGCAGCUUCGGCUCCAGAAAGGCUCGCUCGUCUUUCGGGAAAGGAUUCUUCAAGAUCCGGGGAGGCAAGAAAACAUCCGGCAGCCCCAACCUCGACCGCAGCAGGAGUGCAAGUGCGCCUAUGCUAGCCGAAACGGAGCGACAGGGCACCGACCAUCUGGACCUCGCCGGAGUGCCGCAGAGGUCGUCCAACAGCGACAGCACACACACGCUUCCUACGACCCCGGAAAGCAGGAAGAAAUCUAAAGGCAUAAAAAAGCUCUUCGGGAAGCUUAAGCGGAGCCAGUCUACCACGUUCAACCUGGACGACAACCUCCCAGAGGGAGAGUUCAAGCGGGGCGGAGUGCGAGCCACGGCCGGACCCAGACUGGGCUGGUCUCGUGAUUUCCAGCGAGCCAACAAUGAAGUGGACGCGCCGUUCGCGCGCUGGUCAAAGGAUCAGGUGUGCGACUGGCUGCAGGAGCAGGGCCUCGGCCUUUACGUGAACAUGGCCCGCGUGUGGAUCUCCUCCGGACAAACUCUGCUGCAGGCGUCGCAGCAAGACCUCGAGAGGGAGCUGGGCAUCAAGCAGCCGCUGCACAGAAAGAAGCUGCAGCUCGCUCUGCAGGCCCUCGGCUCCGAGGAGGAGGAUAAUAAGGGGAAGCUGGACUUCAACUGGGUGACCAGGUGGUUGGACGACAUCGGCCUUCCUCAGUAUAAAACCCAGUUUGAUGAAGCCAGAGUGGACGGUCGAAUGCUUCACUACAUGACGGUGGAUGACCUGCUCUCCCUAAAGGUGGGAAGCGUCCUGCAUCACCUCAGCAUCAAGAGAGCAAUUCAGGUUCUGCGACUCAACAACUAUGAGCCCAACUGUUUGCGUCGCAGACCAUCAGACGAGAACAACAUCACGCCUGCAGAGAUUUCCCAGUGGACCAACCACAGGGUGAUGGAGUGGCUUCGAUCCGUGGACCUCGCCGAGUACGCUCCCAACCUCCGAGGCAGCGGCGUCCACGGAGGCCUGAUGGUUCUGGAGCCCCGGUUUAACGUGGAGACCAUGGCGCUGCUGCUGAACAUCCCCCCCAACAAGACUCUCCUGCGGCGCCACCUCGCCACACAUUUCAGCCUGCUCAUCGGCUCAGAGGCGCAGCAGCUGAAGCAGGAGUGUCUGGAGAACCCAGACUACAAUUUGCUUACUGCCACCACUAAAGUCAAGCCAAGGAAGCUGUCGUUCGGUAACUUCGGUAACCUGAGGAAGAAGAAGCAGGAGGAGAGCGAGGAGUACGUGUGUCCGAUGGACGUGGAGAUGCCAAAAGGGCGAAGCUUCCAGAAAGGCUUCGAGCUCCAGAUCUACGAGGACGACCUGGACAGGCUGGAGCAGAUGGAGGACUCUGAGGGGACAGUGAGACAGAUCGGGGCUUUCUCUGAGGGAAUUCAGAACCUCACCAGUAUGCUUAAAGACGACGAGUUCUUCAAAGAGAUGUCAAACUCUCCCAACCCCAGCGUGACCGAUGAGGAAUCCAACGCAUGAGGACGGGUCUGGGUCAGACCCGGUCCCGCUGCUGUGAAUGAGACUCUGGGCCAAGCCCUCCUCCUGCACGCGGCCCCCAGUUAACACCGUUAAUGAUCCUUCAUCGCCUGUCAGUGUUAAAGAGCCAAAACCGUUCUAGCUUCCUCCAGCCGUGAAGAGCUUCAGUCCAUUCGUCACGAUUACUGAUGUCCAAGGGAACAUUUAGGACGACACCACUGCUUUCCUGCCAGCUGGUCUCUGGAAAUAUUUUGUACUUUGUGAUAUAGAAACACUGUUCGGAUUCUGAAAGCGUCAACCAGCGAGAAAUACCAUGAAAAUAUGAUUUUAUAUAUUUUAAUAUAUCAAUUUUAGUUGCCUUCUGACUUAAGAAAGUGAAAGUAAGACGCGGGCUUUGCUCAAACUGAAGAAUUCACAUAAGUAAAAUCCUGAAAGUGUCACUAAAAAAAAAAAAACCUGCAGCUGCUAUGUGUUCUUUUUUUUCUACACAACUGAACCUUGCUGAUUAAACAAUAAUGGUCUUGUUUUUUUUUUAUCUUUUUAUGAAGAUUUGUAAGUUCAUUAAUUUGCACAUAUACAUUUACAUUACUCUGUCUAAAGAAAAUCAUUGCAUGGUAUCUGACUUUAACACAUUCGUAUUUUACUUUUUAACCUGGAAGGAUUUUGGGAAACCUGUUGGGUUGUUCCUACGAACACGUAGUCUGAGAAAAUAUCAUUUUUCUGCAAUAAUACUGUAAUUCAGCUCUUUAAUAUAUGAUAGGAUUUAUGUUUCUAAACUCAGUUAUUGAGAACAAUAAACUAACUCAACCUGU